CUCUACAAGCUCAAGCUCAGGCGUUCAGGAAAAAGAUUGCAAGCCAGCAGCCACAGGCUUGGGGUGCAGCCAUGCCGUCUCCGUCGGUGGCACCCACGCCUGGUCCUUCUGGCGUUGACGACGGUAUACCAAUAGCUGGUAGUGCAGCAGCGGCAGCUCAGGCAGCAGCCAAGCGCAAGAAAGCUAAUGAAAUUUAUUCCCAGCCGAGAGACACAGGCGUUGGUAUGCACAUUAACUCACAGUUGGCAUACCUCGUACAGUUCAUUAAGGAUUACAACGCACCAAUACGUUUAGAAGAUCUGAUCGUCCGAUCUGGCAUAGAACUCAUACGGACGCCUGGACUGCUGGAUUUGUUCAACUCACAUGAUAGAGUGCAGCAUGACACUAAACUCGACCUAUACAGCUAUAGACAUGAUUUCCCGAUGAAAUCUAAAGCUGAGCUGCUGAAGCACGUCAAGGGUUAUGCCCCUAGAGGUGGUAUGCGCGUUAACUUGCUCAAAGAAUCAUGGAGUGGCGCGCCAGCUGCGAUAGAUGAGCUCGAACGGGAGAAUGAAAUCGUUGUUUUGAGAGGCAAAGACGGACAGGGGAUGCGAACAGUAUUUGAGAACAACGUGAAGGAUGCUAUUGAAGUCCAAGAGGAGUUCAGAGGUUUGUGGCAUAGUUUGAAUGUUCCUCCAGAGUCAGAGGUAGCUAGAGAUCUGGAUGAUGCCGGUCUUAAACGCACGUCAAAGACGGAAGUCGCGCCAGCAAAAAAAGGCAGGCAGCUCAAACAGGCGCGUCAAGAUCACCAACACUCACUUGCAAGAGCAAGGUAUCGAUCUCAGCAAGGAUUUCGUUCCACCCGGAAAGUAAAUUAUAUAUAUACACACAUUGCAUUGCAUAGAAUAAUAAAUGACUAAUUGAUUAUUUA